UCUCUGCCAAUUUCUUUGACAACGUUCAGAUUAGGUCAGUGCGAAAUCUUUUCUUUCCAGAAUAGCCAUUUUUGAAUGUUGUCUUCAAUAUGAUUCAUCAUACUCGACGCAAUCAGAUCGUUUUGACUGAAUGAACGUAAAAUCUAUGACUAUUGGCGUUUGCUACCCAAGAAACUAAUUUCAAUUGAGAACGUUUUAAUAACUUUAAAAUCAUGUUGAACUCGAGUUGCGCAAUAACGGAUUCAGAAGGGAUCGCCGCUUUCUCCGUCAAUGUUCUGUCAGCUCUGUUCGGCAGUUUUGGCAACAUCUUGGUCUGUGUGACAGUGUAUUCAAGUCCUCGUCUACACAAAGCAUGGUGCUACUUUAUUUGCAGUCUUUCUGUAGCUGACCUCUCGGUAAAUCUUUGUGUACAACCCAUGGAAGCGAUUCUGACUUUGGAGCGCAUGGCAGGUGUCUGUAAACAGAGUUUGCGCGACGCAUUCCGCUUAGCUGCGUAUAUUACUUGUGGCGCUUCUCUUAUGAAUCUCGCUUUUAUGAGCGUGGAGCGCCUGUUAGCAAUUGCUUGGCCGUUCAGCCAGCGACAGAUUUUAACACGAAGAAGAAUUCUUACAACGUUAGCUAUAAUAUGGGGAGUGCCAUCUAUUCUUGGAAUCACCGGUCUAAUGGCCGGGAAAGGAACCAGGCUAUCGUCAUUAUUAAUCCUUACAGGACUCGCUGGUUGUUACGGUGUUAUAUUAACCAGUUAUGCAAUACUUCUUCUACGAACGAGAGCUCAUUUCAAAGUGAACAACGUAAUGACGUUAACGGUAUCGCAAUUUGAAAUCGAGAACAAAAAGAGCGCGAAUUCACCCGGUGUAGAGCGCGUCUCUGAACAGAGGACUGCACAGGCCAUUACCAAGAAAAGGCGGGAAUCUGAGAAGCGUACGGCGAAGACAAUUGCUGUCGUAAUUACGGUAUUUACACUCAGUUGGGUUCCAUACGGGUAUGUUCUUGUUAGUGACCCGGAACAGCACGUCAAUUCAUUCUACAUAUGGGCAGUAGCGAUUGGACUGACAAACUCCGCAGUUAAUCCUGUCAUAUAUUUCUUUAGUAGCAAAGAUUUUAGGGAAAACUCGGAGCGGAUUUUACGUGCUACUUUUCGAUGUUGAAUGACAAUCUAGUGGCUGAUAAUUAU